CCCCUUGUUAGGCUAAUUGCACUGGCUCGUCAUCUUCCUCUUCCUCCUAUCCAAAGCUCCAGACACAAGGGAGGAGAGGGCGGAGGAGAAGGGAAGCGCUGGCCGCCUCCGCCUCCUCGGUAUAGACACACACACAGGAAAAGUGAAGAGAGGGAGAAAGUUGGCCGGGGAAACGAAGCGGGGCGGGAGGGCGAAAGAUCCCUGUCCCCUCCCUACAGCGGCGGUUUUUCCUUCCAGCCACCGAGAGAGAAAACAGGAUCUAGUGGAUGCUGUCAAGGGGACCGGAUGAUCGCUUAUAAACAAGCCCCAGGAAUUGCAGAACUUUUUUCUGCCCGAUCCUACGAUGCAUGUGACGGAAGUCUGCCUGGUGUGCAUACGAUUUGCAGGCAUUUGAGGCGGUCGAGCCCAGCCAGCAACCUGAGGCGCCAAGGAGGAAAAGAGCCCAGGCAUUUGGGCUUUCCAGGACAAAUCGAGGUGCGAAGAAGAAAACCUGUCUUUCCUCCCGUGCAAGCUGCUCUCUCCCUUCCCAGGCUUGCUUCCCACAUGCCGCGCGUGCUUUUACUUUCUAGAACUGUUCCUUUGGGGCUGCUUUUCGGCGGAGGGCGCGCCUGGCGUUGCAGGGUUGAAACAGGGACCAUUUAUUUUGAAUGCAGACAUCUUCCUAGGAAAUCGUAUCCUGGAAUAAGCCCUCGCUCUCCAGAACCAGCUCUGGCGGCAUGGCAGCGCCUAAUGUUAUCCCUUUUUUCAAACAGAAGCAAAGCGCGCGCUUCUGGAGGUUGUCCACACAGCUAUACAAUCGUUGGAAAAGCUGGCGCUGGUCGUUCUGAGACACCUACGACGCUAGCAAAUUGGUUUAUUUAUUUUCAGUGAGGAAAAAUGAACAACCCCCCUCCCCUCGCUCCAAUGCACUUUUUAAAAAAAUGACUCUAUUACAGUGUCCCACAGCCUCAGGCAAUCGCGCUGGUGCCAGCUGCACCCAUGUCUGGCUGCCAGCUGGGCGCUGCGUUCCCCUGAUGCUGCUUUUGGGUGCGGGGAGAGAGCAGAGAGGACGGUUUUGCUGCCUUCUGCCAGCACAAUGCCUGAGUUUCCCAAGCCGCUGGCCUUCCUGGGAUGCGGGAGGGGGGAAUGGGGGAAGUUUUUUUUCUAAAUAAUAAUAAUAAUAAUAAUAAAGCAAAGCCGCAACAACACACCCUCCCAUUGUUUGCUGCACACCACGCAUGGUCUCUAGUCAAUCUGUUUCCAGGCCGAAACAGCCCAGGCGCGGCUUGUGCAAACUCCCCGGAAUUAAACUAACCAAUAGGACUCUCUCCCCUCCCAACCCGAGCUUGGCUAGGCACCACCACACAGCGGAGGAAGAGCGAAGUUCCUGCUCUCUCCUCUCCACUUGCCCCCUCUGCACGCAGUUCCUGCGCCUCCGCGCUAGGAAAACAGCAGGGAUGGUCCACUGGGACGCGGUUGCCGCCCAAAGUCCCCGCAGGCAAACGGCUGGCAGAGGACAUUAUUGGCACAGCAGGCCUCGCCUCUGGGUUCCCUCCUCACUCCCGGCUACAAAAACAAAUCUCUCCAGAGGCUAUAUAAGGCCAGACCCUCGUUGGGUCUUGACACUCGGAAAAUCUGCACAAUUCCCCCGGGCCCAGUGUAUAGAGAGGCGAUUUUUAUUUUAAUUUUAUUUUUUUGCUCUGGAUUAAUGACUCCAGACCAUGUGCACACCAGCUUCACUUGAACAAGCUCCUGAGGUGCUUUCAUAUACAGUGGUACCUCGGGUUAAGAACUUAAUUCGUUCUGGAGGUCUCUUCUUAAUCUGAAACUGUUCUUAACCUGAAGCACCACUUUAGCUAAUGGGGCCUCCCGCUGCCGCCGCACGAUUUCUGUUCUCAUCCUGAAGCAAAGUUCUUAACCCGAGGUAAUAUUUCUGGGUUAGCGGCGUUUGUAACCUGUAGCAUCUGUAACCUGAAGCGUAUGUAACCCGAGAUACCACUGUACAAUGGUACCUCGGUUUAAGAACAGUCCUGUUUAUGAACGAUUUGGUUUACGAACUCCGCAAAACUGGAAGUAGUGUCCCGGUUUGCAAACUUUACCUCGGUCUAAGAACAGAAUCCGAACAGUGGAAGGGCACCGGCAGCGGGAGGCCUCAUUAGGGAAAGCGCUCCUCAGUUUAAGAACGGACUUCAGGAACAGAUUAAGUUCAUAAACCGAGGUACCACUGUACUCUCAAGGUGGAGCGAGUGUGUGUCUUUAUUUGACAGACAAUGGCCCUUUGUUUGAAAGGCUGUCCACCCAGGCCAAGUCUGGCUUGAAGACUUGAGGUUUAAAGAAAAAGAUCCCUAAGAAAGAAAAGAGAGGAUGGGGCCUUCAAGUCCAACAGCACCUGGGAGCAAAACUGAGCAGGCACACAGGUCUCCUGGCCACAGUCUGCCCUACUAUGGGGAGAUGCAUUUCUAUUUUAAUUAGAAAAAAAUAAUUUCUAAAUGUGCAUAUAUAAGUACAUACAUGUGUACCUAAGUCUGCAUGCAAUUAAAAAAAAAAGAAAAUCAGUGUCCCAAUAUGGGGGGCGGGAUGUUAAGUAGCCACCCUAUCUCAAGGCCAGUCCAUGCAAUUCUGAUUAUGGAAGUCAUGGGGUAAAGUGGACCAGAGGGAAGACUUCCACCAUUUCAUAUGAUGAAAAUUGGAUGGGUGUAUGUGUCACAGGAGGCCAGAACUCUUCACACACCACUGUGCAUAGUUGAUACAUGUGUGGACUUCCACGAUCUUUCCAACCCCUUUUCAGAUGUAGAAGGACUGCGGAGAUCAGCAAAAGGAGCCUUUCAGCAGCUUAAAAGAAAUGAUGGCAUAAGCUUUUGUGGUCCACUUCAUCAGAUGUAUGGAGUGUUAUCCUCCUCCUCCGCACACAUGUGUACAAGAAAAUUAAUUGUUCAAGGCGAGGUUAGAUGUAAGGACAAAAACCUGUUAGGUUAGGGAGCUGAUAUCAGAAAGGGUGUCAGCAUCCAGAAACCAGUAGAGGAACAUUUCAGUCUACAUACUCUGCUGCUGACCUGGAAAUUGCUAUUCAGAGGAAAUUCAAAAUAGAUUCCAGCAUGAAAUAGUUGUAAUGGAACUAGUAACUAAAUAGGCUAUUAUUUUGGGCCAGAGUACAGACAAUGGUUUCCUGUCCUACUACAAGUGUUUACAUUUACUCAGCUAUUAUAAGAUAUUGUGGUCACCAAUUACUGGUAUUAUGAAUGGUCACUGCUUAUUUUGCUUAUGUUUCACCUCCAAUGGAAUUGUCAGACUAUCUUUUGCCUGCUGACAAGCCCUGGCUGUUGGGCCGGGGGUGGGGGUGGGGGGGAGUAGGGAUGAUUAACUUUGAAUAUUGACAUCCUUCCAAGGAAGUGAGGGCAUGUGGACAUGGUUUGGGGAAAACAGCCUGGCAGGCCAGAGAUUCCCCACCCAUGUUCAAGGCCCAUACAUAGAGGAUAGCACUUCAUACAUAUGAUGGACUAGCCCACAAAAGUUUGCAACACAAUACAUUUAGCAUGCCUUUUUGCUGCAGUAGAUUAAUUGCUGGCAUCUGUCUGCCUCAAGAGACAAUGGAGUGCACUUCUGAAGGUGAAGUCAAACCACUGUUUUAGCAGCACUGAAGUGCCUCUGGGUAGCAAGCCCGGGCAGUGUGUAUGGAGGUCCUGGGCUGCCAAGAUGACAAGACCCCUGCUCCUCAGCCUCGCUGAUAUGGCCCAAAGGAAAACAGAGAAAUAUGUUUGGCACCAGCUUAGCUACAGGGGUUGCCAGAAAGAGGCGUACAAGGCGCCAUCCAAUCAUCUUAGGGAUUCCGUUCCAGAUCUGUGUAGCCUUUUCUUCUCCUGAAGAUAUCCCACAAAGCAGUGGAGGUUUAGGAUCAGAGUUUUCCUUCUCCUAGAAGUGCUACCUUCCCAGGUUGAUGAGCCCCAUCUGCCCCAUAAUUUCCCUCUACAGCACAUGCAGAAACUGCCUUUUGGCCGUUGGACCUACUAUGGGUCUCACCCACUCAGUCUGCCAGAGCCUGUCUUUGCAUGCAAGGGAAGUCUCUAACUCAGAGGGUUUAGGAUCCAUCAGCUACCCUCGCCUGGUUUAGCCAUCUAGUCGAAGCUGUUCCUGGGGCACUUAUCCUCCUAGUAACUGUGCUCAGGAUCACACGCGUCUUCUACAGUAAUGAAUUUAAGCCUCACCUCUUCCUCCCUGGCCUUGAAUUCCUGAUCCUGUCAGAGUUUGGCUAUACAAAGCAACAUAAGACCUACACAUUCUCUGUCUGUAGCCCCAAAAGGUCUUUCCCUUCUAUCUGUUGCCCAAUUAUCAGUUCGGAAUCCUACAACAACUUCCAAAUCCUCAGGCAAAAGGAAGGGAUUAAAUUAAACCUCCACUUUUUCCACACACACUCCUUUCUCUCUUUCACAGCAGCAACGUAAGCCAAUUCACCUCAGAAAAGUAUAUUGGAAGAACGCAGGUGCCACAUUCCUCAAGAGAUUUUUCCCUUCUCGCCUCAGGCACCUGCAAUUUUCAGGUAAAUCUGAUAUCCCUCUCAUAAUGUAGCUUUAAUGAGGCUUGGAGGUCUCUGUUCACUGGUUUCUUGCAAACAGAAACCAAGCCUAGCUUUUGCAGCUCUACCUCCCCAGCAUCUUUGCCAGAAGGAAGCAGCCCACAAUUCCCCUAGACCAGAGAUGGCUAACCCGUGACCCUCCAGGUGUUGUCAGAUUCCAAUCCUGACCCAGAGGUCAUGCUAACUGAUGGGAAUUGCAGUCCAGCAUUAUCUGAGAGAGGCACCAGACAAACAGGAACAGGUAAUUCCUCGACAUUUUGCUGCAGGGAUUCACCACCAGAACUGCCCCCCUGGGAUACCACAAACCACUUCUGAUUAAGGCAACAACAGAAGCAAAGCAAAGCAACCCUCUCUAGCCAUCUAGCAGUCAUAUUUGUGUUUAGGACUCAUGGCCAAACAGCCCUAUAGUAUUUUUGAAGCUAUAGCCCAUUUCAGUUCAGACUUGCAACAUCUGACCUGCUUGAUUUUGCCCUGCCACUGUCCAUCUUUCUUCUUCCAAGGUAAACUGAUGCAAAAGGAAACCAGUUAUAGAAAUACUUUGGAAAGCAGAGCUUGUAAUUGAAUAAUCCUGGGUCCUUUCACUAACCCUGGCAAUAAUUAUUUCCAUUUUUCUUGUAAAAAAAAAACCCUUAAAAAACAAUGACACCAAACAACUUAGCCGUGGCACUCACCUAAGAGUAGGGCAUGGCUGAUUUGUGGGUCCCAAUCCACCAGUUGAAGACCAGUGCUAUAGUUAGUACAGAGUUAAGCAAAAAGCCUGUAUUAUUUGUCUGUAGGGACCCUUGGCUCAACAUGCAUACAUUCACACAUACAGAAGUAGUGCUUUGUCAACAUCCCUGUUUCUGAUUCUGAAGUUUUCAUAGGGACAUUAAUAUACGUUAUAUUUGAUCACCCCUGCUUUGAGAAGCCAAAUCCUAUCUCCAGAGGUAGGAGGGGCUAGUCAUUAACAUCAGCAAAUUUCACGCACUCCAUAUCUACUUCAAACAGAGUGGCCAGGUAAAAAGCCUUAGAGCAUGUCCCUUCUAAAAAAUCACAUUCAGAUGAAAAUAUAUUCUACUGAAAAUGAACCUGUUGCUAACUCUUUCCUCCGGCAUCCUGCUUAUUUAUAGCUUUCAGCUAUGAUUUGAUUGCAUCUGGACCCUGAGCCUAUUAAAACAUACACCAAAUUACGCUGACUACUGAUUGCCCCUUUUGAGUUUGUAGGAAGCCUCCAGCAUAAACAACCUAUUAAGCCCAAUUUACGUUUCUCCCCGAGUUCCUGUGGCAGAAGUUCUGCUGUGUGACAGAAAGAAAUUCAACAGGGGCAACCUUUGCCUGGUGCAUGGAAAACCUGCAGUUCUACUUGCUACUAUAGGUGGAAAGAGCAGGUAGGAGAAGUUACUGCAGCAACAUCUACGGAUGAUGUAUUUUUUUAAAAAAGGAUGGUGUAAACUUACUGGUUCCAUUCUGGCCAUUCUUCCUGCUCUCACCUCCUGAUCAAGUUUACACCCUUAACAGCAAUGCCCUUAACUCUGUAAGUUUUUGCUCAGCUUCUACGUUGAGUCAUAUAAGACUGCGUACACACCAUAUAUUUAAAGCAUGUGUUUCCCCCACAAGUAAUCCCGCGAACUGUAGUUUACCCAUCACAGGGCUGCAAUUUCCAGCACCCUUAACAGGCAGAGGGCCUUCUCAGUAGUGGUGCCCGCCCUGUGGAAUGCCCUCCCAUCAGAUGUCAAGAGAAUAAACAACUAUCCGACUUUUAGAAGACAUCUGAAGUCAGCCCUGUUUAGGGAAGUUUUUAAUGUUUGAAGUUUCAUUCUGUUUUUAAUGUUCUGUUGAAAGCCGCCCAGAGUGGCUGGGGAAACCCAGCGAGAUGGGCAGGGUAGAAAUAAUAAAUUAUUAUUAUUAUUAUUAUUAUUAUUAUUAUUAUUAACAAACUAUUAUUUGGGUGGGGUGGGAGUCACAGGUUUUAAAUCUUUGGUAUGUCUGUAACUUAUGGGGAACAGAGAUAGGGAACCUGUUUUCCAGUUGUUGGACUCUGGGAGCUACAGCCCAACCACAUCCAGAGUGUGAGAGGUUCCCCACCCUGAUGGAGAUUUUGCAGGUUGAGAGUGAGGCAGCAGCAAACAUUGUUCAGCAUGUCUGAGUGACUCAUCUGUCUGUUGAACAAUAAAGUGCCCAGCUGUGUGGAUUAGUGUAUUUAAUGAACAGAAAUGGGCCUUCAUGUUGGGCUCGCCAUCCUCGCACCAGCAUUGUUUGGCUAUGCAGAUUGCAAUGUACAAAGAUUAAAUGUGUGUUUUUAACUGGCACAGAUUAAAGAACCAGGCAUAAUGUGUGGUAUUCAUACAAGGAAUAUAUUAAUGAUUAAUUACCACUCUGCACCAGUUCUAUGUCAAUAUGCUACAGGCUUUGAAUUAAAAAGCCGCAAGCUGCGCACCAGAAGUGCAAUCAGCAAUCACACAAUGACUAGGCCUCUCAAGUGACACCGGUGAACUAAAAGGCAAGUUAAUAUAAUGUUUUCAGCACAACUCCCUGCCUGCUGAAACAAGGCACAUUCAGAUGUUGGCAGCGCUGAUGAAUUAUUGACACCUAAUAGUGCUCAGCAUUCUUUAAAGCAGCUUAAGGCUGCAGUUCUGAACAUGCUUAUGAGGGAAUAAACCCCACCGAAAAGAGCAGCACUUAGGGACCCACUUCAAAAUAAUAACAACAACAUAAGGAUGCUGCUGUUCUGACCCAGCCUAAGUCAGCUGUAAAUGCAACAGUGGUCCCAGCAGCUGAAGACCAGUAUCAUUGGUAGUAACGUCUCCUGCUUGUCAGAUGGAAGGUGCAUGUAGUUGUGUGCAAAAACAAAUCUCUUACUUCAGCGUGGCUGGAAGGCAGCCUCUUCCACUAAGGUAGUAAAAGUCGCAUCUGUUGCUCUGCCUACUUUUGCCUCUAGCUAUAGCCACUUUGGCCUUUGGCCCGCCCUCCAGAAGUUUGUCCGCAAGGUAAUGUGGCCCCUAGGCUGAAAAUGGUUCAGCCACCACCACCACCACCUGCCCCUCUCUUAGACUGUUAAAUUGUAAACACUGUGUUGUCUCUGAGUGCAAAGUUGGUAUUAUAUAGACAACAGACAGAUAUGUUAAUAGCCUACAGAUCCUGGCAGUAAUUGGCAAUCCUACUUGCUGCUAUCAAUGGGAUAUAUGUAAAAAAGUGUUUGUGCACCAUGUUAUUUUAGAGUUGGGGUCAUUAUUUGAAAUUUUCAUAUUUGUUUCAAAUAUUUGGGAUGUGUGCCUCAAAUUCCUGUGCUAUCUAGUAAAAGGUUUAUUAUUAUUAUUAUUAUUAUUAUUAUUACUACUACUACAUUAUUAUUAUUAUCACCAAGCCCUUGCUGCUUAUGAUUACUGGGACUAGAUGCCAGCCCUUCAUGGCUCCUCCAAUGUCUGCAUUUAGGAACACAGUUAACAUUUUUGAAUGCUCCUCAACAUUUUGGCUGAUGCAAGUUUUGUCUGCUGUUUUAUGCUGCUUUACUGUUCACUUUAUUGCAUGUUGCUCUGAUCUCAUUAUGGAGGAAGAACAGGGCACAAAUGAUUUUAAAUAAAGUGAAUUAUGAUGCACCAUCUUAUGCAGCAGAAUCUCACCAGUGUGUCCAGUGAUAAAACGGACAAGGUCUCUGAGACAUCAGGAAACUGCUCAGUAACAGACCAGGGUUCCAAAACCAGGACAUGCAGAACAGCAACGGAGGAACCUUCAGACCUCCAGAUGUCACUGGGCUACAACUCUCACCCUCUCUGACCACUGGCCAUGCUUGCUGGAGCUGGAGUCUAACAACCUUUGGAGGGCCAUAGGUUCUUCGUGCCAGAUGUAGACGGUGGUACUAGAAACUGGCUCUCAUAAUAUGCCCGCUGUGUUCUACAACCAGGAAUUAUCCAAAUUAGGAGAUGUUAUGUACUGAGUUGAAUAGGAUUCAGAAUGCAGCAGUCUGAUUGGUCCUAGAACAAUGCAGUAGUAUGAUUGGUCCGCAGGAGCCACCCAAUCCAGCUCCAGGUGGAAGUGAAUCCACAACCUGAUUGGCCUACAGGAGAAUCCCAGAAUUAGCCAAUCACGUGCAGCCCAUUGUGUAAAUAAUGUAUAUAAAGCAGAUAUUGUGGGGGAACUUCCAUUCCUCCUCACCACUAUGAGCUGAAUAAAGAGCAUGAAAUCCACUCUCGACUCCGAGUAUAUUUCAGGAGACAAUAAUUAUUUCUGUCUCAUAUGGUGCGCUAGUUGCUGUUGGAAUGCUGACCCUCCUUUCUAGGCCAUAAGUUUUGAUGUUAAUGAAAGCGAUCUAAUGUGUUUGUUCAUCAGACGCUUUCCAAGUUGUGAACACCUCUGUGCUGGCCUUUCCUCUCCCUUCUCUGUAUCAACAGGAAAGAUACCUGGAAGUCUCUUAUUUAUAUUGUGCUCAUUUAGUUAGCUGCAUUAAACUUACAAUGCAUAGUUUUGUUAUUGUGGGUUUUUAUAUUGGCCAUUCUUCUUUGUCCUCCCCAGUCGUGACAACUUAUUGA